UAGCGUGUAUGUUCGAUAAAGGUGAAACAAUGACAGUAUCGUCAUCGUUGUUUGGCUUGAUAGCGGGUGGGGAAUGGGAUAGUAUGAGGGGUGCAGUGUGGAAUGCGUGCUGUGUGGUGGUCUUCGGUCUGUCCGUUGUGGUAGUAUGUGCACUAGAUGUGUAUGAGUUGCGAUCGAAGAGGAUGGAAUGGGAUGGAUGGAUKGAUUGGAGUGAACAGACCGUUGGUAGAUCGAUGUGCAGUGGAUCCAUGAAGCAGGAGAUUGACAAUUAGUAUACCACCGGAGAGCUGGCAGUGGUGUAACAUCUCAGUCAUCAAAAUCCAUUCUUUUCAUUCUGCAGUGUCUUCGUCCGAGGAAGAAGCUGAACAGUUAUGAAGUUGUCGCUGCUUUUUCAAGGGACGUGUGGAGUGGUCCGUGGAGUCUCCGCAAGAGAUGGUGGUGACAUCUUUGUUGCUGCUGCCGUGCAUAUUGGUGUUGUUGAGAUCAAAGACACCUGCGGCAUCCAAAAGCGUCUUCAUUUGAUCAAACGAUUCACCGUUCCGGCUCGUCAAAGGUAAUGCAGAUUUGCAGCGAAGAGGGCAUUUCUCGUAUUCUGUUGGUGCGGUAGUGGGUGAUAGAGACGGCGAAACCAUAGCAACGGAUAAUGUAGAACUUUUUGUUUGAGUAGCUCCUGGUAAUGCUGGCUGUGUUUCCGGCUUCGUCUUGACCCCGUUCAGUUCAUUCAGGUGUUGAUGUAGAAGGAGAUUUUCCCCUUCCAACAAUUUGCACAUUUCGGCCAUUUCUUCCAUGAAGAGUCGUUUACGGUCUCUGGUUCUCUUAGCAUGCAUCCGAUUCCUCUCUCGUCGAAUCUGAUCGAGUUCUGCCGGUGUACACUUGGAACGAUCCUUUCCGAGGAGUUCGUAAUCGAUUCCAUCGUUUGGAAGAUUUUGGAGUUGCAGGUUGUUGAUGUUAUUGUUGCCUCUCUUGGAGUGCUGAGCACCAGAUGGUAAAAUAAGCGGCUGAAGUGCUGACAAGUUGGAUGGGUCGGGUAUUUCUUCCUCGGGUCUUGUCAAUAGUGCUUCAAUUCUUGGGUCUUCCGCGGAGCUGCUCUGCGAUGCUUGACUAUUUGAAAAUAAACAACACAAAAUAUU